CGUGACCAGCGGAAACCCGGAAGCGGAAGUGUCGCGCGAGAGCGACAGGGGGAGAGGGAGCUAGAGGCGGCCAGGCGAAGCCUUCCUUCCUUCCUCCCUCCCUCCUGGAAGGCACCCCAGGCCGGGAUGGUCACAAGGCCAUUGGUACCAGUAGGAGCCCAGUUCUGGCGUUGGAUGUGUUGGCACCUGGCCCCACCUGGGCAAUCAUGAACGGGAGUGCAGUGCCCCUGUCCCCGGUUGGGGGAGGGAUGCUGGGUGAACCUGCCUCUCUCCCCUCACCGGGUUGGCGGGAAUUCUGUGAGGUGCAUGCUCGGGCUGCCGCUGUGGAUUUUGCUCGUCGUUUUCGGGCCUUCUUGGCUGAGAACCCACAGUUUGCCACUCCAGGAGCCGAAGCCGCCUUCUCGCGUCGCUUUGCUGAGCACUUCCUGGAACAUUUUGAGGCCGAAGUGAGCCGGGUUUAUGCCAGCGACUCACCACCUCGUUGUGACAUUGCCCCCUUUACUGGCUGUUCCUCUGCCCGUGACCUCUCAGAGACCUGCAGUGACUCGUCAGUGGCCUCGCCUGUGGAGCCUCCCCUAGGACCACCUUCUGGACUCUCCAGCAGCCAGUCCCGCAGCUCUGAGGAUGUUUCUACCGUGACAGCAGUGACCGCCACCAAACCAAAGCUGAAGAAGCGCUUUUCGUUGCGCAAUGUGAGCCGCAGUGUCCGUGGCAGUGUCCGUGGCAUCCUGCAGUGGAAGACGUCGGCUGACUCGUCCCCUGGGGGUGGAGACGGGGCAGGGACAGGAGCCAACAGUAAUUCCAACUCUUCAGGGGGUGGUGACUCUGAUCGCUGGACUCACCGAUUUGAGCGUCUGCGGCUCAACAAAGCCACCCCGGCCACUCUUCGAGUGGAACUGGCCAGUGUGAGGCGUGAGGGCUUACUGAACUACAUUGUGGCUGACGAUGGGUCAGGCGGGGGUAGUCGGACACGCUGGCAGAAAUGCCGUCUUCUUCUGCGCAAAGCAGGGAAAGGGGAGGGAGAGGGGUACCUGUUGGAGUUCUACAUCCCACCAAAGGCAUCAAAGCCACGGGUCAGUAUUGCCUGCUCCUGUGUAGUAGAUGUGCGGACAACUACUCCCCUGGAGAUGCCAGACAAGGAGAACACAUUUGUGCUCAAGUUGUCAAGCUCCUUGGAGUACAUCCUUGAGACAGUUGAUUCGCUACAAAUGCGCUCCUGGCUGGCAGACAUUCAAGAAUGUAUGGGCCUGGGAGAGAGCACCGAUAGUCUGGAGCAAUCAUGCAUGAACCACUCAGAGAGCAUGCCCAGCCGGGAACUUCCUAUGGUGCCGAGUGAAAGCAAUGAACAGCUCAGCCAAGGUGCCUAUGGUGGACUGAUGGAGCGUCCUUCAGCCUCCAUGUCCCCCAGUUCAGUCUCUAUCGCUGCCUCGCACUUUGACUCCAUGGAGCUGCUGCCUCCAGAGCUGCCGCCACGGGUGCCGAUAGAUGAAGGGCCAUUUCCCACUGGCCUCCUCCAUACAUCUUUCCCUGAAACCCCAGACACCACAGGUUCCUUCCUUUUCCAAGGAGAGCCUGAUCCAGGCGGAGGAAGCCUUGGUGAGACAGAGCACCCGCUCUCUGAUUAUCCUUGGUUCCACGGCACCCUCUCCCGCCUCAAAGCAGCACAGCUGGUGCUGGCAGGAGGAACCAGCAGCCAUGGUGUUUUCCUCGUGCGCCAGAGUGAGACGCGACGCGGAGAAUAUGUCCUGACCUUCAACUUCCAGGGGAAAGCCAAGCACCUGCGCCUCUCCCUUAAUGAGGAUGGGCAGUGCCGGGUUCAGCAUCUCUGGUUCCAGACCAUCUUCGACAUGCUGGAGCAUUUCCGGGUCCAUCCCAUCCCCCUUGAAUCAGGUGGUUCCAGCGAUGUGACGCUCGUCAGCUAUGUGGUGGCUUCACAGCGGCUGCACGGCCGGGACCGGGCUGGGAGCCGAGCGCCGGUGUCUGGGUUCAGUGGGGACCCCGACUCGCCCCCCAACCUCAUCUCCAUCCUUGCUGCCGCCUCAGCGGGUGACUGCGUCCCCUCUCCCUAUGAUUAUGAAUGAUGUGACCAAAUCCUCCCCCAAUGUUUUGGUGCAGAGCCAAGACACCCUCUAAGACAGAGGUGGGUGAUUGUGGGUUUGCAGAUAUUUUUGCCUACAAGGCUCAUCAGUUCUAGCUGGGAUAGUUAGAGUGAAAGAGUAUGUGAGCUGUAGUCCAAAAACAUCAGGCAGGCUUGUGCUAGGACAACUUGGGGAUAAGGACAUACUUAACUGAACAUUUCCUGCUUUCCUUGAGCACCAUAAUAACUCUAACACCUUACAGUACUGUGAAACACUACAAAGACCUGCAUAACUGAAAGGUAUUUGCCCGUUAAGCAUGAUGAACUUGAAUGCUUGAAAUUAGGUUUGACGCAUUCAGUGAUGGACAAGGAACUAGUAGCUGCUGUGUGACACACAUUUGAAACACAUGUCAGGUUUCUAACUGGAGCCUAACAAUUCUCAGCUUUAAAAGGGCUUAGUAAAAGAUGCUCCAAAGAAGUUUGUAGAGAAGCUGACUGUCAAUUUUCCACCUUGUAGAGGCACAAAGGAGAUCUGAAGGAAUUGGUUUAGGACGCCAAUAUCCCAGAUGUUGGUGGAUCUCACCUCCCCAAAUUCACUGGCCAGGCGUUUGGGAAAUAGGAGAUCAGAAACUGUCUAGUGAUGCAAAUUUGGAAUCUACUACUUUUGGAACACAGACACAGUCAACAUUCAACACAGUGUCUUGAUCCAACUGAACAGUUGUCCAACUACUACAACUGAUUUAUGUCAGUGUGAGAAGUUUCUGGAGAUUCCACUGAAGUGCAGAAUUUCAUUUGGGUACAGAACUGGGGAUCUUGGAGACCAAAUCCUUGCUUUAGUAGGAGCAUUUAAAAAACAAAAACUGGUGCAGAGAUGAGUAUGAAUGCGUUGAUAAUGCUGCAAUAAGGCGGAAGCAUUGGAAAGUUCCUUUUUCUACUACAAAUUCCACUGUUCGCCCAGUGGCCUGCCAGCUAUGGGAUUCUGGAAGCCAUUGUCCAAAAAAGUAACUCUCUAUGUUCUGGGGUAGGUGUACUCUUGUUGAGAUGGCUUGCACAUUAUCCCUUGCUUGUCUCCAUGAUUAGCAGGGCAAUGUAAUAUUUUGGAAUUUGGCUGUAUGUCAGAAUCGUACCUAGGACAUGUAUCACCACUAAUUAACAAACAAAAUCAGUAAUGUUCUGUUGGGCGAGUGGGGUUAUUAACUUCUCAUAAAUGUACAGCAGAGUAACUUAUUAGCAGCAGCGUGGCCCUGGACUAGUAGCCCAAAGUGAUAAAAAGAACAAAAACACACAGAUAUUCCAUAGAAGGCUUUUCUUUGUAGUAAAAGAAUAUGGUUACACUAUUUACAAGAACAAGGCUUCUAUAACACAAAUAAAGGUCUUUAUACUUCUUUCGUUGCUUCCAUGCUGGGCUUCUUUGUUAUGCAGAUAAACAGCUUUGCUCACACAUCAAAAUUAUACAGGAGCUUCACAUAAUAGUGCCUUACACAGCCUUACACAUGAGGCCUUUAACCUGAGGUUUCUCUCACUGAAGCUUCACACAGCAAGCCUUCUCACACUCUGCCUUUUCAUAGACUGACUUACCUCAUACUGUGAGACCUACCUCACACAGAGGCUUUUCUCACAGACUAAGGCCUACCUCACACUAAGACCUUUCUCCCACUGAGGUUUACCUCAGUCUGACUGCUACUAAGUUACAGGCAAACCUGCUUAUAUAGAACUACAGCUUUUGCUGAGUCAUUGUAUCCAUUUAACCCUUUCAGCGCUUGACUCACAAUUUUGGAAUCAAAAAUACCUAGUUAAUAUUUAAAAUAUUUCUGACAUGUUCAUGGUUUCACUUCCUAUAGAGUCUGUGACCCAAUACUCAAAGGAAAAGGCUGGCCUUGUUCCAGCAGUAGAGUUGAGGACUGGAGAUGUUUAUGCCAGUUAUAUGUUUGAAAUUUGUAGAUCUCAGUAUAGAUAG